AUGGCUGACAGAAUUAACUUCAUUAUGGAUAGAUUACUACCUAAUGGACAUGCACCUUGCGAGGAUUGCUGCAGCAGAACCAAGUUUACCCCUAAGGAAGACGCAAAGCUCCUUAAAUUAGUCCAAGAGAGUGGACGCUCACCAAAUUGGAGAGAAAUUUCUAACAUAAUGCAAAGCAGAACACCAAGACAGUGCCGCGAAAGAUACCAAAAUUAUUUGUGCCCAAGAAUAAACCACAAAGAUUUCACACAGGAAGAAGAUGAGAUGAUUCUCAAGCAGUUUUCCAUUCAUGGCAACAAAUGGAACGCAAUCGCAAAAAUGUUCAAGGGAAGAACAGGAAAUAUGAUCAGAAACCGCUGGCAAACUUUAAUCAGAAAAGCAAAUAAAAAGUCAAGAUCUAACAAGAAAAAACGCGAAAAAAUAAUACAAGAAUCGCCAAAAGUUAGUGAUGAACCUGAGUCCCCUAUAGUUAAAGUAGAUCUUGAGGUUAAGGACAAAACACCAUCAAUCUUUGACGCUUUAUUCUCAAUGAUGGACUAUUAA